AAAUCUCACGCUAGAUAUCAAUGAAGUCCAGGUCGUGAUCCACUACCCCCUCGAUGCGGACGGCUUCUUCUGGCACCACCGGAUCCUGCUACAUCGCGUAGAGGGAGGCGAGUGGUUGACCUUGACCCCGGACUUGGAGAUCGCACGCCAUAAUCUUGGAGCACAUCGACACCGGGUCUUGGACCGGGCCGCCCCUUUCCCGGCGGACAUUGCAGCAGACAUCUAUGCUCAUGACCCCAUUGGGCGAGCAGCUCUGGCCAAUUUCAAGAGACAGGCCCAGAUCCAAGCGGCCAUUUUGGGAGAGGGAGCCUUGAUGGAUCCAACCGUGGACGCGGCGCUGCUGGGCAAUGAGGCCACGGGUUUAGCCUUCACAAUGAAAGGUGUGGUCCUUCGACACGGGGAGGAGGUGUUCGUUGAGAGAGUCGGCGUCAACGCGAUGGCGGAGUGGAGGCGGACCAAAGGCCUGGAAGGGGCCGAUGUCCGACUUCUUGGCGACCACAGAGAUGCUGCUGGAAAGAAGCAGCUUGACCUCAGGCAGGCGGUGACCUUGAUGAAAGACCCUGUCGACGGUGACUUCCCCAUAGCUGGCGUCAAGGCGGCCAAGGAGUUCCAUGUCAGCGUGGCGGCUUCGGCGGGCGGCUUCCUCUCCUACCACUCCGAGUGGCUUCGGCUUUCAGGAGUGUCCAAAAAAGGCCAGUGCAGUCCAUGUUCACCGAGCCCUUUGUGA